AGAAAGGGAGAAGAAGGGAAGACUCUCAUUCCAAAAUCUUUCCUCUCUUCAAUCUCUUCCAGCCUUCUUCUUUAAAUUCGACUGAGAAAUCCCUUUAUCAGAAAUCGGGGAAGAACAGUUUAAUCUUCAAUUCCCACCCACAAGAAGAAAUUGAAGAGGAAAAAAUUAAUUUAAAAAAAAUGGGUCCGGGUUCAUCUGUUAAGGGGGCAGGGAAGAAGAAGCAGAAGAAGGGGGAACAAGAACCGAAUUUUCCAAGAGUUGCUGAAGCCACCCGCAUUCGAAUUUCUCAGAUUCUUGAGCAGUUUCAGGCUUCCAAAGAUGAGGUGUACAAAUUUGAAGAAAACCUGUCAAAUUAUGAUCGAGCAGUAGUGCAUGUGAUAUGCAGGAAAAUGGGCAUGAAAUCAAAAAGCUCUGGGCGGGGGAAGCAACGUUGUGUGUCUGUUUAUAAGAUCCAAAAGCAAGUAGGUUCAGGAAAAGGGAAGGGAAGUUCUUUUAAAUUUUCUGAAGAAGCAAAGGCUGCUUUACAAGAUUUGUUUUCUCAGUAUCCCCCUGAGGAUGUGGACAUGACUGAGAAUAAACUUGGAGAAAGUAGUGGGAAUGAUAAAGUAGGACCAAGGAAAGAUGAUAUGUUCUGGAGACCGGUAAUGACCAAGCCUGAAAUUGAAAAAAAGGUAGAAUCACUUGCUUCCAGAAUAGAGAGGGACGCAAACUUAAAACAGAUCACAUCGCAGAGGUCCAAGCUUCCAAUUUCAUCUUUCAAGGAUGCUAUUACAUCCACGAUAGAGUCUAAUCAGGUUGUGCUCAUAUGUGGUGAAACUGGAUGUGGGAAAACAACACAGGUCCCACAGUUUCUUCUGGAUCAUGCAUGGAGUAAAGGAGAGACAUGCAAAAUAGUCUGUACUCAACCACGUCGAAUAUCUGCCACAUCAGUGGCUGAAAGAAUUGCUUCAGAGAGAGGUGAAGAUAUUGGGGAUUCUGUUGGAUAUAAGAUUCGGCUUGAGAGCAAAGGCGGGAGGCAUUCAUCUCUUGUCUUCUGUACCAAUGGGGUUUUGUUGAGAGUUCUGGUUAAUAGAGGAAGUGGUCAAAAGAAGAAAAAGGCUCCAAAAAAGACGCUAAAUGUUGGCUCUGACAUAACCCACAUAAUUGUGGAUGAAAUUCAUGAAAGGGAUCGCUUCUCUGAUUUCAUGCUUGCGAUAAUCAGAGACAUGCUUCCUUCAUAUCCUCAUUUGCGUCUGGUAUUAAUGAGUGCCACGAUUGAUGCAGAGAGAUUUUCACAGUAUUUUGGUGGCUGCCCAGUCAUUCAAGUACCAGGCUUUACUUAUCCUGUAAAAACUUUCUACUUGGAGGAUGUGCUAUCUAUGGUCAGAUCAAAUGAGAAGAAUAACCUUACAUGGAAGAAACAUGAUGAGGUCAUCAAUGGUUCUUUCUUAACUGAGGAAAGCCAAGUUGCUCUUGAUGAGGCUAUUGACUUGGCUUUAUCAAAUGAUGAGUUUGAUCCUCUUCUUGAGUUAAUAUCUUCUAAAGGAGAUCCAAAGGUUUUCAAUUACCAGCACUCUAAAACUGGAAUAACACCACUGAUGGUAUUUGCUGGUAAAGGAAGAGUUGGCGAUAUUUGCAUGCUUCUCUCGCUUGGUGUAGACUGCCAUUUACGAUGUGGUGCAGGAAAGACUGCUUUUGAUUACGCUGAACAAGCCAAUCAUGCGGAAGCUGCUGAAGUUAUUAAAAAGCGAAUGGGGAAAACGGUUACGUCCUCUGUCGAGGAGCAAAACUUACUUGAUAAAUACCUGUCAAAUGUUGACCCUCAACUAAUUGAUUGUGUGCUUAUUGAACAACUACUGAAGAGAAUAUGUAAUGACUCGAAGAAUGAAGCUGUUCUUGUUUUCCUUCCGGGUUGGGAUGAUAUAAAUAGAACAAGAGAGAGAUUACUAGCUAAUCCUUUCUUCAAGGAUCCAUCUAAGUUUCUAAUUAUUCCUCUUCAUUCUAUGGUCCCGUUACAGGAGCAAAAGAAAGUUUUCAAGCGCCCUCCUCCUCGAUGCCGUAAAAUUGUUCUUUCAACUAAUAUUGCUGAGACUUCUGUUACGAUCGAUGAUGUUGUGUAUGUUAUAGACAGUGGACGAAUGAAAGAGAAAAGUUAUGACCCAUAUAACAAUGUGUCAACUCUUCAUUCUUCUUGGAUUUCAAAAGCAAGUGCAAAGCAAAGAGAAGGUCGUGCUGGACGGUGCCAACCAGGUAUUUGUUAUCAUCUUUAUUCAAAACUUCGGGCUGCUUCACUGCCAGAUUUCCAAGUUCCUGAGAUUAAGAGGAUGCCGAUAGAAGAGCUAUGUUUGCAGGUCAAGCUCAUUGAUCCAUCUUGCAACAUUGGAGAAUUUUUGCAGAAGACGUUGGACCCACCUGUUUAUGAGACAAUACGUAAUGCGAUCAUCGUUCUUCAAGAUAUCGGGGCACUGACGCUCGAUGAGAAACUUACGGAACUUGGAGAGAAGCUUGGGUCUCUGCCUGUUCAUCCACUAACAAGCAAGAUGCUAUUUCUUGCAAUAUUGUUGAACUGUCUCGAUCCGGCGCUGACUUUAGCUUGUGCUUCUGACCAUAAAAAUCCAUUCAUUUUACCCAUGCAGCCUAAUGAAAAGAAGAGAGCCCAAGCUGCGAAAGCAGAGCUGGCUUCAUUAUAUGGUGGAAACGGCCACCAGUUAGCUAUAAUAGCUGCCUUCGAGUGUUGGAGAGCGGCAAAGGAAAAAGGUGAAGAAGCCCGUUUUUGUUCUCAGUACUUCUUAUCUUCAGGCACGAUGCGGAUGCUAUCAGCGAUGCGAAAGCAACUGGAGGCUGAACUAAAGAGGAAUGGUUUUAUACCAGAAAAUGCAUCUCGUUGUAGCCUGAAUGCACACGAUCCAGGCAUACUCCAUGCUGUGGUUGUUGCUGGUCUGUAUCCAAUGGUCGGGAGAGUGAUUCCACAUGGUAAGGGGUCCCUUGUAGAGACUGUAGAUGGAAAUAAGGUCAGGCUGCACACAUAUUCAACCAAUGCCAAGCUAUCAAAUAAGAAACAUAGUUUUGAACCUUUGAUUGUAUUUGAUGAGAUAACCCGUGGAGAUGGGGGACUUUAUGUUAGAAACUGUAGUCUUAUAGGUGCACUCCCAUUGUUGUUGUUGGCAACGGAUAUUGUAGUGGCUCCAGCAAGUGAAAAUAAUGAUGAUAGUGAUGAAAGUGAGUAUGAAGAUGGUGAUGCUGAUGACGGUAGUGAUGAAGAUAAAACAGAGAGUUAUAAAUUGUCCAACCUCCAACGUGGUGAGAAAAUUAUGUCCUCGCCCGAAAAUAUUGUUAAAGUCUUUGUUGAUCGUUGGCUUCCCUUUGAGUCCACAGCUCUUGAUGUUGCUCAAAUCUACUGCCUGAGGGAGAGACUUUCUGCUGCAAUUUUCUUCAAAGUAACAAAUCCACAGAGAGUUCUCCCGAAACAUCUUGCGGCUUCUCUCCAUGCAAUUGCCUGUAUCCUAUCGUACGAUGGUAUGUCCGGGAUUCCGUUGCCAUCUGAACCCGUUGACUCGCUUGCUACAAUGGUUAGUGCUGCCAACAUUAGUCAGCAGGCUAAUAACGGGAACAAAAUGGUUGUAGAUCAGCCAUCUAAAAACUAUCUCAAGUCACUGAUACGCCACAGGCUUCAGGUCUUGGCUUUAGAACAUCAAAGAGGUAGAGCACCACCAACUAAUGUGAUCACUCGCCCGAACAACACAUCUCACCAUCACAGACAAGCUCCUGUUCCUACAGUCGGCAUGAGUCAAGAUCAGAAGCCCGGAUCACAAAGUGCCACUGUAACUGCAUCACAAAGUGCAACUGUAACUGCACAUGGAUCCCCCAUGCACGAAACGAGCACUCCAAAUGGAAACUUCUCUAAGCGCCAACGUGGAAAUGGACUCAAAUGACGUGUGGAACCAGAUGGGCUUCUGACUGAAGGUGGGUUCUUCCAUAGGGCACCAAGAAAUGGUAGGAAACACGUAGAGUUACGUCAAGGUAUGCAGAAUUUAGCCAUGUAUUUUACAGUGACGAGGCUUAAUUUUUUUGCCGAAAGUGUAGACUGUCUUUGCAUGUUAUAGUUGAUCUCGUCAUGUUAUGAAUUUAGAUCCUUAUUUGGUCUUUAGCGCUACUAUGAUACAUAGGGGGCAGUGAUGUUACUCCACUGCAUACAUAGUUUAUCAGGAUCUAUUUAGUCAAUCUGAACACCACAUCUGCUGUUCAUUAACUUCAUUUCAUUUCAGUAAAAUGGGUUCAGUUUCAACUGAAAACUA